ACGUAUCUGUGGCUACGUAAUGACGCAUGCAUAUCAGCUGAUAGCCUAAGUUCAGUUUAAUGUUUAUUUAUAUGUUUUACGUCUAAUAAAUCACUUAAUAAGGUUCAAAGAUGUCAUGCAAUUCCUGUGCAAAACCAUUUUCACUGCUUCGUAAAGAGAAAGGAUGUCCAAGUUGCGGCUUCAGCUACUGCUCCAAAUGUUUGGAAAACAAAAUAUUUGUAGAAAGGCUAAAUACUGAAGCUAAGGUAUGUGCAAAAUGUAAAAACAAUAGUUCAAAGCCCAAUGAACCCAAAAGUAUUGAGGCACCUGAUGCAUACUACAGGAGAGUAGGUGCAAUUACUGAAAACCAAGGUGCAAACACAGGAGUAAAUACAAACAUGACAGACCUGCAAAUACUAGAAAGACUCAAAAAGUUAAAGGAAGACAGCAAAAUUACUCCUAAAUCUACAGAUGAAGAAAUUAAGAAUCGUUUGCAGAACAUAAGAGGAGAAAUUCCUACAACGUCAGAUGCUGAGAUAUAUUCAAGACUGGCAAAAUUGAAAGGCAUGCCUAUUGAGACUGUUGCAGCUAAGCCAGUGUUACCACCUCCAGAUACCCGAACAGAGCAAGAGCAAGCUGAUGAUUUACUGAAGCAAUACAUGGAGCAAACUAAUAUUGAUACUAAAUAUCAAGAUGAGUUUGACAGCCUUGUCCAGGAUAUAGAGACUCGAAUAACAAAACUUAAAGGAACAACUCCCGUAAAACCAGCAGACAAUCAGCAACCAGAGGACUCUGAUGAUGAGGAGACCACUGUCAAGAAAAUUCUUGAAAAGAUUAAAAUAGAGGACUCUUCUAAUGAUGAGAUUCCACCAUCAGAUGAGCUGCCAUUUUGUGAAAUAUGCAAUGAAGAUGCCAGGAUGAGGUGCCUGGGAUGCCAGUAUUUGUUUUGUAAGAGAUGUUUUAUGGAACACAAAGAUGAUGAUGAUGGCUGUAAUAGAUAUGUACCCUAUGAAGCUCCAAAGAGCCACUGAAUAAAAAUGUUAUGCACUAAAAAUCAUGUAACACUAAAAAUUAUAUACUGAUAGUGUAAGAAUAAAUAAAUAAAAUAAAUAUUAAGAAAUAAAAUCAACUAUUAUCAUG